UGGUGCUCCGGGAGUCCGCUUCAGAGGACACCUGGAUCUGUCAGAGAGAGAUAUACUCAUUCAUCCGCUCAAUUAACAGCUAAUUACGAGUCUGUCCCGGAGUCUGGACCGUGUGUUUGUCUGUGAGUGAUUCAUCAGAGUACUUACGAGGUGAUCACCGCUUUCCCACACUGCUGUACAACCCUGGACAAGACCGCUGAGCCAACUCCUGGAGGUCGAAAUAAUUCAUAAUUGUCUCCAGAUAUUCGACGACAGCCGGCGGAGGACUCGGGCAGACAUGUCAGACAACGCCGGUUGCGAGUUUGAAAUCGACGUGGAGAGCCUGGAGACGGAGAGCGACGACCUGGCGGACUCCUCCAGCCGCCCGGGCUCGGCUCCGCUCGGCCCCGCCGCCUCGGAGACGGACGACGGAGACGACGGCAAGGGCGACGACAAGCCGGGCCCCAGCGGCCUCAUGAUGUGUCCGAGCGACCAGAGGAAGCUGAGCCGGACGCCGAAGUGCGCCCGCUGCCGCAACCACGGCGUGGUGUCCUGCCUGAAGGGACACAAGCGCUUCUGCCGCUGGAGGGACUGCCAGUGCGCCAACUGCCUGCUGGUGGUGGAGAGGCAGCGGGUGAUGGCGGCGCAGGUGGCCCUGAGGAGGCAGCAAGCCACGGAGGAUAAGAAAGGCAUAUCUGGGAAACAAAUUCCGGCCGAGAGGAGGACGAUAUAUCAGCGACACAUUCGGCCGUCCACCAUGCUCGCCAAAAGCAUCCUCGAAGGAUAUCGUCCGGUGCAGUCUGAUCCAUUCCUGGCGGCCAACCCGUCUCUCCCCCCGCCGCUGAGCGACCGCAUGAGGAAGAGAAGAGCCUUCGCCGACAAGGAGCUGGAAAGCAUCAUGCUGGAGCGGGAGUAUAAGGAACGAGAGCUGAUGGAGAACAGCCAGGCGGCCACGGCCUCGCUCAUCUUCCCCAACAGCAUGGUCCACCACGCCGCCGAGUACAACUCCUACAAGACGGCCUACUCGCCGGCGGCUCAGGUGGAGCCGCAGCCCAAAGAGCUGUGCAACUUCAUCGGCCCCAACUGCCUGGAUCUGUCCAUGCAGUACCCGAACGGCUCGGCCAACGUCGAGCUCAUCUCCUCCAACGUCAGCGUGGCCACCACCUACCGCCACUACCCGCUGCAGCCGUCGCGGGGCAGCUUCAUGAUGUGGCCCCGCGGUGCGGCCAACCUGGGUGACGCCCUGCUCUAUCAGCAGUGCCUGUUCAACGCCACGGCGGUGCAGAACAUGAAGCCGGGCGCCGUGUGGGAGCCCAAGGCGAUGCCUGCCGAGAGCCAGCCGCCGGAGCAGGAGGCUGCGGCCGCUCUCGCCGCUAAAGUCGAAGGAUCCCGAGCUGCCGUGCUGCAGGACUCGUCAAACCCCCAACGGGCUGAUCCCAAACCCGCUGGCGUCGCCCACAGAGGGCAGAGGGAGUGCUCGGCCUUCUCUCCUCCUAAGAGGAGCUUUGGACAAUCCUUCCCCAGCAACCCUCAUUCCCAAAACUCCAGCCAAGUCUCGAACAAGCUGAGCAAGGACAGUGCUAAGCUUUCCAUGAAACUCAACUCCUUUCACUCCCUCAUCCAGCACUCGCUGAAUGACAAAACCAGCGGCGGGGCCGGGCCCGAGCUCAGGGCUCCGUACUGCAAAGAGCUCUUAGAAGAGGCCGCCCGCAAGUUCAGGGAGGGCUCCACCAAGGACAUUCAAGCUGUAAAAAUCACCGACAGGUACGCCAAAGACUUUCUGUCCAAGUCUGUCGGGACCAAGGUGGCACCCAGCGAGUCUUUGUCGUUCUCUGUGGAAGCCAUACUGAAAAGACCCACACCUGCCAUGAGUCGAGCAUUCCAUUAAUUCCCAUUAAGUGUCUUUUCUUGCACUAUAAACGGCAGGUUUUCCUCCGUCAGAGUUCAUCUCACUUUGUGGUUUUGGGGUCAAAUAGAAACUUAAACACACGGGCACUGCAUCAGAAAACAGACCAGCUGGAAAUUAUUCUUUUUUUUUUGUUUGUUUCUUCCCAGUUUAAUAUUUAUGUACAGUAUAUUAUAUUCUACAUGUGCAUGUUUAAUAACUUUAUUGUGUAAAGUAUUUAAACAUUAUCCCAAUGUUUUCCUCAUGUCAAUAAACUUUAUAAGACUGAA